AUGCACUGCUUUUUGAGCAUCCCCUGCCAUUUGCGAGCUUUUCCGAAGACACAACAUGACCAAUCUCAAGGCAGUGCCCGUUUUCUUCCUCCGGGUUUCUCAGCGGUCCCUGAGAUACAGCUGCUCAGCGCUGCUGCCUUCCUUUUGGCUUACCCGGCCGCGUUUCUGGGGAACAUCUCCAUCGUCGCCGCCGUGACGCUGGACGCCCGCCUGCACACGCCCAUGUACUCCUUCCUCAAACACCUCUCCUUGGUGGAUAUCUGCUCCGUGUCCACCACCCUGCCCCGGGCCCUGGUGGCCACCCUGCUGGGCUCGGGGCAGAUUUCCCUCCAUGCGCCCCUGGUGUACGGGGCAGCCAUGAGGCCCCAGACCUGCGUCUCCGUGGCGGCGGCCUGGGGAACCAGCGGUUGCGUCAUCAGCAGCUGUUUCAGCCUCACUGUCCCAUCCUAUGUGCGCAUCUUGGCCACGGGGGUUCAGAUCCGCUCAGCAGCCAGCCCCUGGAAGGCCUUCUCCACGUGUUCCUCCCACCUGGCCACCGUCCUCCUGUUUUACGGCACUGGCAGCUCUGCCUACAUGCCCACCGCGCGAUAUUCCCCACAGCAAGGGUGCCUGGCUGCCGUCUUCUACUGCAUCCUCAUGCCCACCCUAAACCCGCUUAUCUACAGCCUGAAGAACAAGGACGUGAAGGGAUCCCUGCGGAAGCUGUAUCUUCAGGUGCCACCUUAA